GGGCCUCCCCUCUGCUCCCCGGCCUGUCAGUAGCAGGAGGCGUAUGGAAACGUAGGCAAGUGGAUCGGGUGAGGUCAUGUGUUUUUAAGGCGCCCAGCGGAAUCGAUCAUUGUUGACCGGCAUACACGCACCGUCCACUGCUGCGGAACGUUCGAGCUGCUCGUCGCUCCGCCAGGAUCCACCUUUCACGAACGAGAGAACAUUUUUGGAUGCACAGAGAGCAGUGAUUGAAGAUUUCGCCAUGAAUAAAAACAAGAAAGACAAAGAGUUCUACAGCAUCGACGUCGGAGACUCGACGUUCACGGUGUUAAAACGCUACCAGAACUUGAGACCCAUCGGAUCGGGAGCGCAGGGAAUUGUAUGCUCUGCUUACGAUCAAGUCCUUGAGAAAAAUGUAGCCAUCAAGAAGCUGAGCAGACCCUUUCAGAACCAGACACAUGCCAAGAGGGCGUUUAGAGAGCUUGUGCUCAUGAAAUGUGUCAAUCACAAAAAUAUCAUCGGUCUGUUAAAUGUUUUUACACCCCAAAAAUCAUUAGAAGAAUUUCAAGAUGUUUACUUGGUAAUGGAGCUGAUGGACGCCAACCUGUGCCAGGUCAUUCAGAUGGAGCUGGACCACGAGAGGCUGUCUUACCUCCUCUAUCAGAUGCUGUGCGGUAUCAAACACCUCCAUGCUGCCGGCAUCAUUCACAGGGAUCUCAAGCCCAGCAACAUUGUGGUGAAGUCAGACUGCACAUUGAAGAUUUUGGACUUCGGCCUGGCUCGAACAGCUGCUACGGGUCUCCUCAUGACGCCUUACGUGGUGACGCGUUACUACAGAGCCCCCGAAGUCAUCCUGGGCAUGGGCUACCAAGCCAAUGUGGAUGUGUGGUCAGUGGGCUGCAUAGUGGCUGAGAUGAUCAGGGGAAGUGUGUUGUUCCCCGGCACUGAUCACAUUGACCAGUGGAACAAAGUCAUCGAGCAGCUAGGCACGCCGUCUCAGGACUUUCUCAUGAAACUGAACCAGUCAGUAAGAACGUACGUGGAAAACAGGCCACGCUACGCCGGAUACACCUUUGAGAAACUCUUCCCGGAUGUUCUUUUCCCGGCUGAUUCCGAUCACAACAAACUGAAAGCGAGCCAGGCAAGAGACCUUUUAUCUAAGAUGUUAGUGAUCGAUGCCUCUAAGCGCAUAUCUGUAGAUGAGGCCCUGCAGCACCCCUACAUCAACGUUUGGUACGACCCAGCUGAAGUGGAGGCGCCACCGCCCAAGGUCCUUGACAAACAGCUGGAUGAGCGGGAGCACACUGUGGAGGAGUGGAAAGGGCUGAUCUACAAGGAAGUGAGUGACUGGGAGGAGUGGUCAAAAAAUGGAGUGAUCCGAGGGCAGCCGUCUCCUCUAGGUGCAGCAGUGAUCGAUAGCCCCCCUCAACCUUCCUCCUCGUCCUCCUCCUCCUCAUCAGCCAACGAUGUGUCAUCCAUGUCCACGGAGCCCACCGACCCAAGCAACGACCCCACGGUGACCUCGGAAACAGACAGCAGUCUGGAUAGCCACACUUCCCUUGGUGCUCUGGCGUGUUGCAGAUAACAAAAAUACAAACACAUACAUUUACUCGAACGUAACCUUUCAUCAGUGCACCUUAUCCAGUGUUUGAGAUGGGAGGGUUUCUAGGCUAAUGGAAGUUCUCAUGUUAGUUUGUAGAGCUACAAUUUCAAUGUACAGAUUGUUGUAAUUGCCCGAUACUACUGUAAAUGAUUGUGGUUUUAAAUUGUAUCAUUAUUAUUGUAUUUUUGCUGCAAAGAAUCAAGAGUAUGUUUUGAUGUGAACAUUAUGUUUGUAAUGAAAGGGCAGCGUUGGAAUUUCUGCAUUGAUGUUUUUUUAGCUCCAGCGACACAGUGGGAUGGCACACUGCGAGCACUGCACUGUUAUUUAUUAAUAUAUUUUUCAAAUGCUGACUUGGCAUUUUGUAUUGUGUUUUUUUUGGGGUAGGGGUGGAGGGAGACAUUUGAAUGAAUCCGCUAUUAAGUAAAGAACUUUUUUUUUUUUUUUUUUUUUUUUUUAAAGUGGAAAUUAAUGCAUACUUGCGUUUACACAUCGUCUCUCAGCUUAUCAUAUAACUUAAUUUCUCAACUGUUUUUUUCCCCUUGCAUUCAUUUUUAGUUUUACUGCCGCAUACUGUAAAUUUUACACAUUUGCGUAUUCAACUGUAAUUUCUCAAAGAACAAGGUGAAUGUACAUCUCAUAUAGGCCAACUCACUGGCUCCUAAA